AUGCUUCCCAGAGUUCAGCUGCGUGCCGGGGCGUUAUCCCGGCCCCGGCCAGCCUAUUUUCCAGGCGAGGAAAUAUUUAACCGCGGCGUCAGCGGGCAGGGCAGGCCUGCAGCAAUGGAGAGAAACGGGCAGCACCCGCUCCCUGCUGUCCCCCCGGGCCAGCCCCAGGGUGACCAUCUCCAGCUCUUGCUGCGCCGCAGCCGGGAGGCCAAAAACUGCGCCUAUUGCCCCUACAGCCGGUUCCCAGUGGGAGCUGCACUGCUCACCACCGGAGGGGAGAUCUUCUCGGGGUGCAACGUGGAGAACGCCUGCUACAGCCUGGGGAUGUGCGCCGAGCGUGGCGCCAUCCAAAAAGCAAUCUCUGAGGGGCACACCAGCUUCAAGGCCAUGGCCAUCGCCAGUGACAUGGGGGACCACUUCAUCACACCCUGUGGCGCCUGCAGACAAGUGAUGAGAGAGUUUGGCACAGACUGGGAUGUCUACCUGACCAAAGGAGAUGGCACCUACAUUGUCAAAAGGCUGGAGGAGCUGCUGCCUACCUCCUUUGGCCCUGAGGACCUGAAGAAGGUCUGA